AUAUAGUUGUGGUUCCACACGGUCGUGUUGUUGCCUUGUUUUAGUCGCUAAUCGCGGUGUAUGCUGUACGGUCAUCUACCAGGUGUUGCUUCUAACCUCAAACUUUUACGCGCUUGACAGUUUUUCCAAAUUGUCUUUUACCGCUUUUACGUCGAGCGUAAUUAUGUCCAAAAUACGCAUUGACAGACUGAUUUCGUCGAUUUUUGUGAACUUGUUUUGCGCGUAAUUCUCCCAGUGGUGCCUUUAUGACUGUUUCUUCGCCGAUACGCAAAAUGAAGGAAUUUGUUCUAAUCACCUGCAUGCUAUUUUUUCAACAUCAACUUAAACCGCUACACGCCGCUCCACCUAUCGAAGCCUGCCCGCACGACAGCGUCCUCGUCGAAGACACCUGCAAGUGCAACUACGAGUCGUGCUCCAAACCCCCAUGUCCUUACGAACUCACCAUCGCCGUCAACGGAACGGACGUUCCCGGCACCUGCUGUCCGUCUUAUAGCUGCGAGGGUUGCUCCAAUGACACCCUCAUCGACGGCAAAUGCCCUUGCGCCCCCGACGCCACACUCGACUCCAAAAACGAGUGCAAGUGCGUCGACCCUCACAAAAAACUCCACAACGGGGAAUGUAUUUGCGACCAGGAUUUGUGCGAGCUACCGCAGCUCUGCGACGUGAACUACGUCUCCGUCACGGAGCAGAACGGAUGCUGCGUUACGACGAAGUGUAUUAAGUGUCCUGACGACAGCUUCGCUACGAGUAAUAAGAACGGGGAGAUUGAGGAUAAAUGCGUGUGUUAUCAGUGCCCGAAUAAGGAGUGCGGGCCUUCGGAAAAAGUUGUGAUAGUUCAACAUGGAAAGGGGUUUCCGGGAAGUUGCUGUGAUAUGUAUAGGUGUGAGAAGGACGAGACGGAGAAGAAGUGUCUCGUGGACGGCGUAUGGUAUGGAGAAGGCGACAUUUGGAACACAACAAACACACAAGUGUGUAAAUGUCAGGAUGGUCUUUCCUUCUGCUGGAACUCCAAAGACGAGGAGAUUUUCCGACCUUGCCACAAAGAAGGCAAAAUGUACAAACACGACGAGUCUUGGAUGCUUGAUAGUUGCACUAACUGUACUUGUUUGAAUGGAGAAACUAAAUGUAUAGCACACACUUGCGAAGUGUCGCAAGGACAUAUCGACAAACCUGAAUGCCAGGCGUUGAACUGCAGUAAGAUUUGCGUGGAUGGAUAUAAAUUGAAUAAGAGAGGUUGUCCGAUUUGCAAAUGCAAUUCGUCGUAUAAGUACGACGAUAUUUUGCACAAAUAUAAUAUCACUAAGAAUGAAUUGAGGGAGAUUCUUGAGGAUUAUUUCGCACACAAUCGAACUAUUUCGACUUCGACGACGGUGGAUCCGGUUGAGUCAGCGAGUGGUGACAGUUUAGAGGUUGAUGAGCAGUUCACAACUCCUGUAACUGAAUUAGAUGAAAACUCCCAACUAGUUACAUGGAUUGUGCCAACAAUAAUUUUGGCGCUAUUGGUGGGAACGCUGGUAAUACUUGGAUUUCGUUGGUGGUGUUGUUCGAAGAAAGGAAGAAAAGAAACGAAAACAGCCCGAUCUACCACUUACGAGCGAAUAAAAUUAACGAAACCUACGAUGUUUAACAACAACUAUAUCGGCAAUAAUAACAAAGACGAACAGAAUAAUGUGAAAAAUAUUAAAGGUAGUGUGUGAACAGUGGCUUUAAUCGUUAUUUAUCGUUUCCUUUAAUAUUUAAUUGUGAUAAUUUUUGCAACAAGACUUUGUUGUGUAGAUGAAAAUAACUGAAGUAUUUUAAGUUGGUAUUUCUGAUAAAAUCAUAUGCAUCUACGUGUAGCUCUAUUUAUUACUAGUUUGUAUUAGUGCUCAUUUAAAACGAUUGUUUCCGUUUCAUUUUGUCACAGUUUUGUGGAUUUGUAAAAGAACUGAUUAUUGUAUGGAUUAUACAUGAAAUUGAUUGUUUCUUGCCGCCAUACAUUGGAAAAACUUGGUAGAAAUUACCACAAGUUAAGUAGGUGUAGGUAGAGCUGAAUCUGUGAUUUUAUAAAAAAAAAUAGGUUGUCUUUUUCCAUUUUCUCUAACAUUGCAAAAUUUUGUUACAUCGUUUUGUUAUCUAUUGAUUUGUUAAAUUUGCAUUUAACUUAUGUGCAGCUAAACUGUAAUUUCCAAUGGAUGGCAUCUACAGUUCGGUGUUAACGGUUUUAAAAAUAAUGAUGUACAGAAUUUCAAUUUUUUAAAUCUACGACUACAGUUGGAUUGUUAUAAAAUUAGAAAUUUUAUGUAACAUAAAUUUAAGUUGUAAGUAAUAUUGUUCCUAUAUUUAAGAAAUAAGAAUAUUUUUCUAGGUAAUUUAUUUUCGUAGCAAAAUUUAUUUUUCAGUAUUUUGAAAGUAUUUUUGUAAAGUAUUUUAAUAUUUACUUUUUAUGUACGAUAGAGUCGGUUAUAGGAAGUGCUGAGGAUGGAAAAAUAAUGUUUCAUGAUGACAAAAUUUUAAUCGUUAGACUUUAAUUGUAGUUCCUUUGUUACUUUUAGUAUAACUCAAUGCAAUAUGUAUAUUUAAUGUGGUAGGGAUAGCUUGAAAUGCUCUUCACACACAAACACAACGAAUUCGUGUGUAACACAUACGCCUAAAUGUACCUAUUUAAUUUUUUGUUACUAGAAUUGCUAUUAAUUAGGCCUAACUUUUACGUUAAAUAAUAUUUUAUUUAUACCUAUUUUUAAACCAUGUAAAUUAUUAUUAUGUAUAAAGUUCCAAUAAAAAUCUACCUUUUUCUGUU